AUGCAGUUCGCCGACGCGUCUCUCCGGGACUACGUCCUGUACACGAUCGUGGACGACUCCAUCCGCGGGAACUUCACCCCCACGAGCUUCGCCGAGCGGCCGUGUCGGGACGAAGAACCCCCCUACUUCAUCCCCAAGCACUCGGGGGAGCGGUCGCGUUACAAGUCGACGCGUCCAGAGGACUACGAGUACAGUGAGAGGACGUUGGAUUACGUGUACAGGACAGGAGUGGGUGACAGUGCCAGUGGUUACUACUUCAGGCCGAGGUACCGCGGCCACCGUGAUGCCAGGUCUGCGGUCGGUUUCAGGGAGUCGAAGGGCUUGAGGUACAUGCGGUUCCUGCCCGCCUUAGUGGUCAGCGGACCCUUGGAGAAGAGGACCGCUGUGGUGCUGCAUUGGUCCGUUACGGACGUUGCGCGUGUCGAGGAUGAGGAGACCAGCGUUGUGUUUAGGUUACGAUAUAGGAAGACAACGAGUGCCACCAUUUACCAAGUGUUCUUUACAAAAAAGUUAAGAUUAGAUUGCGCCAUACGUCUACGGGCGUUGCGGUCGGGGCGGGUGCACUCGGGCCAGUUGCCCCGCACCCACGCCUGUAGACUUCUGCUCCCAGCACCAUCGCCCAAGAACGCGUUGCUUGUGGAGCUUCACAAGCUCAACGUGCCCUGCGCAACCGGCUACAUCCGCUUCGCACCCGCCGCGCCCCCCCUCUGCGGAAAGCUGGAGCAAAUACCCCCGCCGAAUAGAAGGUUCAUCUACCCCCCCGCCAGGAGCGCCGAAAUCGAGCUGCACGGUCGACCCACGUUCGCCGCUACCUACCGCUCAGUGGACCGCUGCCACCACGUCCUGCUGACGGCGAGGAACGGCUCGUUCGAAGUCGGACCGACCAACAGGCUGUCCUGCUCUUAUCAGAUCCAUUUACCCUACGGCAGCAGAGUGGCUCUGAGAUUGCAAAUGGGCACAGCCCCUAGCGGGGGCAACGACCUCUCUAACAUAAUCCACGAGGACGCCCAAGCUAAAUGCAAAGGAAUGUCUCUAAGCCUGGAGGACGGCAACUCCCUGUGGCAUCAUUGCUCCCAACCCGGUGACCCUUUGCGCAACGUCCAGAUAAUCUCCGAGAGGAACUCGGUGCGGCUGAACAUAAGCGUGCUGGGGAAGAAGAACACUCUUGCUAUGUGGCUGAAGGUGUGGUGGAUGGACAAGCCGAUAGACGAGGUGAUAGGCCACUGCGACUACGGGUGGGUGUUGUCGGGCGAUUUCUGCGUGACAGCAGUCAGGGAGGCGAAGAGGGCUUGGCACCAGGCGGAGAUGGAGUGUGUGAGAAGAGGCGGGCAUUUGGCUAGCGUAUUAAACGAGAGGCAGCAGCAAAUUAUUGAUCAGCUGCUUUUGAAUGCGCCGGGCGCUGGCGUGGACGACGUGUAUUGGAUAGGUGCGACGGAUGCAGUGCACGAGGGAGAGUUCCGUUGGUCCGAUGGCCUGCCGUUCUCUUACGCGCAUUGGUUCCCCGGCUGGCGAAAGCACAGCAGCCAGCCGAACGAUGACGGCACGUCCGGCCAGGACUGCGUGGAGGCGCGCCGGGAGUUCCCCCCGCGGCCCUCGCCACCAGAGCCGACCUUCAUGUGGAACGACAGGGGCUGCCACGAGCACAACUACUUCGUAUGCGAACGCCCCUCCAUCGAGGAUCCGUACAUGGCGUCCAAAGUGCAGUGCAACGAGAGCAUAGUGCUGACGCACAGCCAUCCGCACGCUAUAGUGUCGAGCCCCGGCUUUCCUCGCCCUUACCCGGACGACGUGGACUGCGUGAGCGAGGUGCGCGCCCCGCCAGCGCACACGCUGCGCCUACAAUUCGAGGAGCUGCUAACUGAACACGAACCCCACUGCAGCUAUGACUUUCUGGACAUCUACGAGUCAGGACUGGACAAUGGCACCGAGCGUGUAAGCGAAGAGUGGCUGCUACCUGACCAACAUCACUUCUACAACCACGAGAACGAGGUGUGGGAGGAAAUGGGGGCCCUCCUGCCGGAGUCAGACGCGGUCAGCGCCGGCUGGAGCCGUGAUUCUGGCGGGUUCCACGCGCGCCGCCUCUGCGGCGACUGGAGCGGCAAGCUGAAACUGCUCCGCUACCAGUCGCGGGGAAACGUGCUGAGGCUCCGCUUCCGCACCGACCACUCGGGCCACUACGCCGGCUUCAGGGCGAAGGUCACCGUCGCCGAUUCCCAGACGUGCAUGGACGCGAAACAGGUGCUAUACAAUGGGCACUGCUACCUCUUCUCCGGCUACCCGAAGGCUUCGUGGGUCACCGCCAAGCAAGUCUGCGAGGGUCUGAACAUGCACCUAUCCUCGGUACACUCGGCCGAUGAGGAGCGAUUCGUCACAACGGGCAUCAGGCAGAGCAGCGACUACAGCGCCGGCUCGGUCUACUGGCUCGGCGCCAGGGUCGAUAAGGAGGGGAACUUCAGCUGGCUGGACGCCAACCCGUUCGCGUACCAAGCCUGGCCGCCUUAUAACGAGACGGAGGAGAUCGAAGAGCCCUGCUUGGGUAUCCAGUGGAAAACUUCACCAGUGCCCUCCCAACCCAGCGGUCUCUACUGGACUCUACACAAAUGCGCUCUCACUGGGGGCUACGUGUGCAAGCGCCGACUCCACGCUGUGCACAUUGCUAGGAACAGAACUAUUGAAGGGAACUCAGGCGAUCUAACGAGUCCCAAUCACCCGGCCUUGUAUGACAACGACCUCGACUACUGGAUCCAUAUUUCUGGCCCGGUGGACACCAGACUUGUCUUCGUCUUCCACACCAUCGACCUUGAGUACCAGAAUGACUGUCUCUACGAUUUCGUCGAGUUGAGGGAUGUCUUCAGUACAAAAACGUCGCGAUACUGCGGCUCCGUGGGAGAGACCAGAUGGGUCGCCACGGGAAACGAAGCGAUAUUACACUUCCACACCGAUUACAGCACUCAAGGGUCUGGUUUCUUCUUGACGUGGCGAGCGGUGGAACUAGCUGGCUGUCCGUCCCAGACCUUCACCUCCAAGGAGGGCGUCCUGCAGAGCCCAAACUACCCGAACUUUCUGCUGCCAGGGCUGGAUUGCACCAUCGACAUUCUGGCCCCACCAGGGAAGCGUGUGUUCCUCAACAUCAGCCACUUUGACUUCGGCUACGGCUCGUUCGAGGGCGGCGUCCCCGUCAACGUGACCGACGCCGUCCCCGAGGACACCUUCCUCGAGGUGCAGGUCGACCUCGAGAGCGUCCCCAUACGGCCGUUCGUCGACGCGAGGAUCCUGACCGGCGGGCUGUUCGUCUCGCGUUCGGAAAUCAUGCGGCUGCGGCUGAGGUCCGGAGAAAACGUCACCGGCGCCGGUUUCCUCGCACACUUCAAGACCGUGAACUUCCUGAAUCUAACGCACUCGGUGGAGCUGGGGCACUUGCGCGCGGGCAGACUGUCGGCGCCCAACUGGCCGGCGUCGCCGCCGCUUCGCGCCAAAAUCUCGACGCGGGUGAUGGCGCCGCACGGGAACACGCUGUCCGCGGCGUUCGCCGGGACGCGACUGGUCGCCCCCCCGCCCCCCAUCUGGCCCUGCGGCGAGGGCAGGGGCUGGAUCGAGGUCCGUGACAGCUAUACGGACAACAACGGCACGGAGUGGACGCUGUGCGAGGUCGGCAGGGCCCGAAGAAAGAUUGAGAGCACCGCACCGCUGGUCAUCAACUCUUACCUACACUCCCUAAUGGUGACGCAACACGCCGGUGAACUUGGUGUUAGCAUAGAUGUCUCGCUGAUAGUGAAUAAAGAUCCAAAUUAUCACAACAAACUGCUACUGAUCCCCGACGAAACGAACCUCGAAUCGUGUUAUCCAAACCCCUGUUUGAAUGGAGGCCGUUGCGCGACGGACGACACAAAAAACUUCUGCCAAUGCGUGGGAUACUACACUGGCGCGUUCUGCCUGCUGACCGCGUGCGAGCGCUCACCGUGUGCGUUCGGCAACUGCUCACUGGUGGCGGGCGGCGGGGCGGGCGAGGCGUUUGUGUGCGCGUGCGCGCGCGGCUGGCGCGGCCGCCGCUGCGCUGAGCGCGUACGUCCCUGCGCCGCGCGCCCCUGCAACCACCGCGGCGCGUGCGUCGAGCGAGACGGCGGCUUCCUCUGCCAGUGCAACCCCUCGUGGAAGGGCAAACGGUACGCCGCCCUCUGCCAGUGCAACCCCUCCUGGAGGGGCAAACGGUACAUCUCCCUCGGCCAGUGCAACCCCUCGUGGAAUGGCAAACGGCACACCUCCCUCUGCCAGUGCAACUCC